AUGAUCAAAGCACUAUCAGCAAUUAAAGAUCAUGUUAAAUCUAUAGAUGAAGAGGAAAGAAAGACAGGUCCAAAUGUAAGUGACAUUAAGAAAUUCGAAAGAACAUAUAAAAAUGUACAAAAGUUGAUUGAAUUACAAACCAAUCUCAAAAAAUUACAAAAAGAACAACCAGAACCAACAUUAUCAGAUCAACAGAUUGUAGAUCAAUUCAAGAAUUGGUUGGCAUCUAAUGGUUGUCAAGAAUCAUUGGAUAAAGUAAAAAUUGUAAGAACUCUGGCAGAGGGUACCGGUUUGAUUGCCAACACAGAGAUUAAGGAGGGCGAUGAAUUCAUCAAGGUACCACUGAAACUGUUCAUGUCGCAAGAGACUGCUUUCAAAUCGAUCGGAGACAAGGUGUCACGUGAGCCACUCUUUAAGAUGUUGCCAAACAUGCUGUUGGUGAUCCACCUCAUUCAAGAGACACAGAAGCAACAGCAGUCGUUCUGGGCACCGUACAUCCGUAUGCUCCCGAAAUCCUACAAGACAGCGCUCUAUUUCACACUGGCCGAAUUCCAGCUGCUCAUCGGAUCACCCGUCCUCGAGGAAUCGAUCAACACCUACCGUAACACUCUGAGACAAUACUGCUUCCUCUACGAUUUCUUUGGAAAGAAUCCGGGUAUUCUCUCGACCUCGAAUUUCACAUGGGAGUUCGAACAAAACGAGUUGGCAGCAUACAAAUCGAUUGUCUCUUUACUGAAAAAGCGAUUGGCAAGCUACCCAACCACUCUACAGGAAGACGAACAGAUGCUCUCAAAGAAUCCAGCCAAUUUCAUUCGUUUUACAUUAUACAUUAAGAUUGCAGAGAAAAAGAUUUUGGAUAGAUAUAUCAAGCAUGUCGAAUCGAUGAUUGAAAAAGGUGUAAUGACAUACUAUGUCGAACCGGAACCAGAGGAAGAGUGUCAUGAUGAUCAUGACGAUGACGGUCAUGGACACAGCCAUGGUGGUGGACACGGUCAUAGUCAUGGUGGUGGACAUGGUCAUAGCCAUGGUGGUAGUCAUGGUGGACAUGGACACAGCCAUGCUGGUGGACACGGACAUAGUCAUGGUGGAGGUGAAGGUGGACAUGGACAUAGUCAUGGUGGAAGUGGAGGUGGUCAUGGACAUAGUCACGGUGGAAGUGGUGGACAUGUCAGCAUCAGUGCAGUUGUUUUAGUUAUUACAGAUCAGAUUGCCUAUUCAAUGUCUGAAAACGACAACAAUCAAACACCACCACCACCACAGUCACAUGGUUGUAUCUUUGCUUCGGCAGCAGCUGACAUCAAAGAAUCCAUCAAGAAUGCUUCUCUAAUGGAACCAGCAAUGGAAGUAAGCACAGUUCAUACAGGUGUCUAUUAUGGAUCUUACUUGCAAUUGGACGGUCUUUUAAAUUGUCAAAAACCAGAGAGUGAGAAAGCAGGUAAUCCAGCUCAUGAAGAGAUGCUUUUCAUCAUUAUUCAUCAAACAUAUGAAUUGUGGUUUAAACAAAUCAUUCACGAAGUUGAUUCAAUCGUAAAGAUAAUGUCUACUCCACCAACUCCGGAGCGUCAGAACGGUAUCAUUGUCAAUCGUUUAGGUCGUAUUAUACAGAUUCAAAAGUUGUUGGUAGAGCAAAUCAGUAUUCUAGAGACUAUGACCGACUACGACUUUUGGUCAUCCUACAAGAAUGCUGUCGACAAAAUUCUUGAGAGAGACUUGGAGAGAAUCAGAAACAACUCGAAUUUGACCGACGAUAUUAAAGAACAAAACUACAAAGAGGUUCACAAGAAUAUGGAAUCAUUCAAAACACUAUUCAACGAAACCGAAUAUAAUAACAAAUUGGAGAAGGGUGAAGUUAGACUUACAUACAAGGCUAUUCAAUCUGCUUUGUUAAUCUAUUUGUAUAAAGAUGAACCAAUCUUCCAUACACCAUUCAUCAUUUUGAAUCAAUUGACAGAGAUUGACGAGUUAUUGGGAAUGUGGAGAUUCCGUCACAUGAUGAUGGUACAGAGAAUCAUUGGAGCCAAGAUUGGUACUGGUGGAUCAUCAGGAUAUCACUAUCUUAGAACCACUGUUGGUGAUCGUUACAAAAUUUUCUUGGACCUCUUCAACUUGUCCUCAUACCUCAUCCCAAGAAACACUCUACCACAGCUUCCAAAAUCAUUUUAUUAUGUUUUCGCUUAUCCAUUCUUUUGUCAAGUUUGA